UUAGAAUGCCUGAAAUACAAGAUGAUAUAAAGAAUGCACAAAGCAUUAAUACCAGCUGGAAACAUCUGAUGCCCUGUUUUGGUGAUUUCCGAAGGAGAGGAGCAGGGAAUUUGACAAAAAGACAACAACAUAUAGCAAUGGAGAAUUUAUAUGUCCUCACAAGUAUACCAGCUUUUAUGAGCCGCGAAAAGGCUUUCGUUUAAAUGGUGAAAUAAAACUUUCCUACCUGAAUAAUUCCCAACCAGCCAGCCCACCUUCAGUUUUCUCUCUCCUGCACCUAGACCUUUUUCCGAUUCGUCAUCGCCUUCCUCCCGCUGUCAUCACUGCAUGGGAUGCUAUAAAGACUUUUCCCGCCCCACGCACUAGCUUGUGUCGCCAUACAACACGUGCAUCGACCGUUCGUUCAGUUUCCAUGCCUUCUAUCUGGACUGUGACAUUUUCAUAAAUAUACAUAUUAAAGACUCAUCUAUGAAACCUAGUCAAAGAGGGCUAUAAGACUAAUUUAAAGUGUUUUUAAUGAGCUUUCAAACACGUGGAACAUGAAAAUCCUUGAACUUGGAGGCAGGCACGACCUUCACCUUAAGGUGAUGGCACACGGAGGAGUAGGCCCUAUAGCAGGCCCCUGUCUCGUCUGCAUCUCCCUGCUUCUCUGUCAUCGACAACCUUUCCGUAUGUUGGGCCUCGCUCAUAUCGCCAAGCGCGGCUUCUGCUCGACACAGGUAUUCUGGAGCAGAAUGCGGAUUGCUGUGAUUGGACAGAGUCUUUUUGGGGCGGAGGUAUUCCGCCUACUCAGAAAGAAUGGACAUGAUGUUGUGGGUGUGUUCACUAUUCCAGACAUCAAUGGCAAAUCUGAUCCACUGGCACAAGCAGCAGCAGCAGAGGGCAUCCCAGUGUUCAAGUACCAGAGGUGGCAGGUGAAAAAAGUAGUAGUACCUGAAGUACUGGAGGAGUAUAAAUCAUUGAAAGUGGACCUCAACGUCUUGCCUUUCUGUUCCCAGUUCAUUCCAAACGAGGUUAUAAACCUUCCCAAGUACCAGACAAUAAUCUACCACCCAUCUCUUUUGCCACGUCAUCGUGGUGCUUCUGCCAUCAACUGGACUUUAAUGUGUGGUGACAAAACAGCCGGUUUUACAAUUUUCUGGGCUGAUGAUGGAUUGGAUACAGGUCCAAUACUGCUACAGAGGAAAACUUAUGUUUCUCCUGAUGAUACAGUCGACUCACUGUAUAACCGUUUUCUUUUUCCAGAGGGCAUUAAAGCUAUGGCAGAAGCAGUACAAAUGAUUGAAGAUGGAAAGGCCCCUCGCAUUACACAGCCAGAAGAGGGAGCCACAUAUGAUCCUCUUCUUAAGAAAGACAAGGUAGAGAUUAACUGGAAUCAGACAGCAGAAGAGAUCCAUAAUUUCAUCCGUGGAAAUGACAAAGUACCCGGAGCUUGGACUACUGUGAAUGGAGAGCGAGUUACAUUCUUUGGAUCCAAGCUGUGGGAGCGACUUCCGCCACGUGGGCUUGAAGUCCAAAUUCCUGGUGCCAUCAAACCUGCCAUUGUGCAUCGGCGUGGCAUGGUACUUUUUGGAAAUGAUGAGAAAAUGGUCAAUGUAAGUCAGGUCCAGUUUGCCAGUGGGAAAAUGAUCCCUGCAUCCAAGUUUGGAAAAACUGAUUCCUCAGCAGAAGAACUGACCUUGACACCAGAAGAAGAAGCUAUGGCAACCACCCUUAAGGGAGUAUGGCAAGGGAUUUUGAACAUUGGUGUCGAUGAAACGACAGACUUCUUCAAGGCAGGAGCUGGCUCCAUGGAUGUUGUGAGACUUGUUGAGGAGGUUCGGGAAAAAUGCAAUGACAUUCGCCUUCAGAAUGAAGAUGUUUACAUGAACACAACCUUUGAAGACUUUCUAAACUGCGUUAUUCGUCGUGGACGUGGCAUUGAAGAUAAAGAGCCUUUUGAAUUUGAUGCAGUGAAACUGCAUGUGAACAACAGGGAUAUCAGUUUUCCCCAUCAGUUGUUUAUUGACAACGAAUUUGUGGAUGCAUCUAGUGGUGCCACAUACAACACCAUCAAUCCAACAGAUGAAUCGGUGAUUUGUAAAGUUGCCUUUGCAAACAAAGAUGAUGUUAACAGAGCUGUGGAGGCAGCCAAGGAAGCAUUUGAGGACGGAGAGUGGGGUAGGAUGAAUGCUCGAGACAGAGGUGCCCUGAUGUUCAGGCUUGCGGAUCUUAUGGAAGAACAUGCUGAAGAACUGGCAACCAUUGAAAGCAUAGACUCUGGUGCUGUCUACACCCUGGCUUUAAAAACCCAUGUUGGCAUGUCUAUCCAGACAUUCCGAUACUUUGCUGGGUGGUGUGACAAAAUACAGGGUCUGACCAUUCCCAUCAACAAUGCAAGACCCAGCAGGAAUCUGACCUAUACAAAGCGUGAGCCCAUUGGUGUUUGUGGAAUCAUUGUGCCUUGGAACUACCCUCUUAUGAUGCUGUCUUGGAAGAUGGCUGCCUGCCUCGCUGCUGGUAACACUGUGGUACUUAAACCAGCGCAAGUAACCCCUCUUACUGCCUUGAAGUUUGCAGAGCUCAGUGUGAAGGCAGGCUUUCCACCUGGUGUUAUCAACAUUUUGCCUGGUCCAGGUAGUGUUGCAGGACAAGCAUUUUCUGAACACCCUACAAUUCGUAAAUUGGGAUUUACAGGCUCCACACCUAUUGGCAAAACUAUUAUGUCAAGUUGUGCCAAAGUCAACUUGAAAAAAGUGUCCCUUGAGCUUGGGGGGAAGUCACCUCUUAUCAUUUUCAGCGACUGUGACCUUGACAAGGCUGUGAGAAUGGGGUGUAGUGCUGUGUUUUUUAACAAAGGAGAGAACUGCAUUGCUGCGGGUCGACUGUUUGUAGAAGAGUCUAUACAUGAUGAGUUUGUGCAACGAGUGGUAAGUUUUUAUCCAGAAAUGAAGAUUGGUGAUCCUCUCAACAGAUCUACAGACCAUGGUCCUCAGAAUCAUCGUGCCCACUUGGAAAAACUUAUAAAAUACUGUGAAAUUGGCAUCCAGCAAGGUGCAACAUUAGUCUGUGGUGGCAAACAGGUGGACAUGCCAGGCUUGUUCUUUGCUCCAACUGUAUUCACUAACGUUGAAGACAACAACAUGAUUGCUAUUGAGGAAUCAUUUGGGCCAGUCAUGAUCAUCUCCAAGUUUACUGAUGGUGAUGUGGAAGGUGUCUUGAAACGAGCCAACAAUACAGAGUUUGGGCUUGCAUCAGGUGUAUUCACUAAAGACAUCAACAAGGCUCUAUAUGUGGCUGACAACCUGCAGGCAGGAACUGUUUUUAUCAACACCUACAACAAGACUGACGUGGCUGCUCCUUUUGGUGGUUUCAAACAGUCAGGCUUUGGCAAGGAUCUUGGUGAGGAAGCACUACUAGAGUAUCUCAAAACAAAGGCUGUCACAGUAGAGUACAGUUAAUAGCACAGUCCAAGCUGAAAGCGGUCUUUCCAAGUCAUCUUUAUGCUAGUUUUUGAAACUACUUGAGCUGGAAGGAAUGAAGAAAGAUCCUAUUAAUGUGACAUUAUAAACAGUGGUGCACAAACGAAGAAACUUAUUGCUAUGCUAUUUAUGUUUACUGUUGUAUUUUGGAAAAAAUGAAAUUGUAUCUCUUCUCUUUCAUUUUGUGUGCUAUGAUGUGAUCUCUUUACAAGACAGUGCAAGCUUGCUGCUUUUUAAAGGUAAUGGUUAUAUAGCCUUUGUUGCAUACCAAAGCAAGGAAGAACAUUUUCCUCUUUAUGCAGUUUUAAAAAAAAAAGUCUUUGGUUGUAUUUUAGUGGGCUCUGGUUUUUUUUACUUUUUGUAUUUCUUUAUGUUCAGCAAAUGAAUAUGUUUACAAUGUAAGAAUUAUGCAAUUAGAUGUGCCAGUAUGAUGCAUUUUUAUGAUCACAAUUCAGGAACGAUGUCUUUAAAACUGUUGUUGACUGUGAAAUAUGGUGAAGCAGAUAUAUAACAUGCAUUUUAUUCGACCUCAAACUUGUAUUACUGGACUGCUGGCAGACGAUAUUUUCCAGUUAACUACUAAAACGAGUCAGGAGUGUACAAAGCUUCCGGUUUAGUCACAUUCUUUGUUUAGGCUCACCAAAACUAACAGCGAAGAACUUCGCAAGAGGCUAAGCAUUAGUCUUGGCAGACAGACAGCAAUCCACCUAUACACAUCCAUGAUUUGACUAAAAUUAUCAUGAUUUUUGGGACUUGCAGUCAUCUUCAGCUUUAACAGCAGUGCUAAACAUUAACCCACCAACUAGUAUUCUGCAGGAGAUUCUAAAUGCACACCCUGUGUUCAUGAAUAGCUUUGAGAAGCCAAGGCAGGAAUGAUGUGGACACUAAAGAGUCAGGAAGAAGAGAUAAAUCAAGGGGGGUUAAAUAAUCUGUGAUGCUGAAGAUGUUAACAUACUGCUAAAAAAAAAGCUGGCAAUCUGAACAAUAAAUCUUUACAGUUUGUUUAAACAUGGUGCUUGAAGCUCUAUCAUGGCAAGGCAGCCAGCCCAGUAAACAGAUGCCACAUGCAGAGAAAGAACAGCAUGCCUGAGACAAGAGCUGAAGCCAACCCUCACAGUAUUAGUGACAGGUGAUAACUUGUGCCACCGGACUGCCCCAACAUGGUGCUCAAGUCCUUUUCUGAAAGUGGUUACCAGGUAUAAAACAUUUCAUGGAGGCUAAGGUUUGGUAUAAUGUUUUAGUUGUUUUAACAUGAAAAUAAUAGAAGUCCGUUAUUCUGUUGUAACAAGUUUGGCAAGCCAUGUUAGUUUUAGGGAGUGGAUAGCUAGCUGAGUAGUUUGAGGACUGGUGUCUAAACCUGAAGGCAUGCUGAUUCCAUACCCAUGAACUUUUAAACUUGUGCCAUGUGUGACAAAGUUAAGACUGAUAUAUUUUAACAGGGUUUUCCAACAUUUCUAAAGAAGUAACUAAAAAAAAUAUAAAUACAAUAUCAAAAGCCCGAAUCAGUUGCUUAUACUUAUUGUUCCAUAAAAUGAAUCAAGGACAGCUAAGGAAAGGGAAAGAAUUUGAAACAUGGAACCUUAAAAGGGAGCAUAAAGAACAUUCUACGAAUGCACAUUUAACAUUAACAAUAGCAACUGACAGAAUAAGCUGCAAUGAUGGGAGAAGGGACCAAAUGUCGGCAUUACCCAUGAAAAUAAAUGGGACGGAACUGGACUUAGUGAAGAUUGGAAUGAAUGCUACACGACUGUCCUGCAUUUUUUUUGGAUGGGUAACUUAUUUUGAAAUGUUUUACAAGCGUGUAUGUUUGAAACUUGUCAAAAUCUUAGCCAAUCCGCCCUUCUACCUACUGAACAUCUGCUUGUAAUGGGCCUUAUGGUCUGGUCUUUCAUAAAUUUCUGCAAAGUAUGACAAGUAGCCCAGCCCUUGGCAACUGAUUUUUUUUUAAAAUGUGUUUUCAUGACAGCUGUGAUACACUACAGCAAAGGGGCUAUCUUUCAGCAGUGUCAUUCACUAGAGGUUAUUACCAGAAUGUGCCAUUUAUAUGUACUUAAGUUUGUGAGUAGAACUAUAAAACUUAGAACAAUAUGUAUGGCCAGGACACGUUUGAUGAUUAAGUCUGGGUAUUUUGUGAAAGUUACUACACAAUACAAAAUGGCAACAGAUGAUAUGGCUUUAAAAAGCACUUUGUUUAGGUAUUGAAAUGCUGAUCCGGUCUUAAAGAUUAUGUUAUAGGCAAUGCAUUUCUACGAAUUUUCCUUCACAACGUUUAAUGUCUAAUGCCAUUUGUUUUUAUCAUUCAUUAUGCCACUGAAGAAAAUUGAAUGGUCUGUAUCUAUGCUUUUAUCAUCUGCUAGCUAAGCUUCUGAAUAAAAAGAUUUAUUUACACAUAUCACAGCGAUUCCUUCUACUUAAAAGGGUAAUGCACAAGAUAUUUUACUAUUUAUCUCUGUCAGUAUUUGUGGCAUUUGAUUUGUAAUGUAAUUUUAAGACUAUUUCAGAAGUAUUUUUCGUGGCUUUGCAAUUUUUGUGCACAUCUGGGGGAAAGUGUUCUGUCAGAGACUGCAGACUAUUCAGAUUUUAUUUUUUGUUUCUAUUUGCUGUUGAACUGUUUAUAUUCUAGUGAAAAAGAAGGCAAAGGGUUUAAAUAUCUGUGAUGCUCGAACAUCUAUUAAAUGAAUUUUUAUAAAAAAAA